AUGACUCAGCCACAAUGGAGCCCAGCAGCUUAUCUAGCCGAGGUAGCCAGCUCAACCCCGGGCUCUCUGCGUUUGGGUUAUGUCGCUGUCCAACCUCUGAAGUCCCAGCCCAAGAUGCCGGAUCCAGUGGAGUGGAGUUGGUCAGAGUCUGAGGAUGGCUUCACAAAAGACAGGCAGCCCCCCAGGAGGAGGCGACACAAUCGGCGCCAGAAGGGCCGCCGACCCGCUUCCCAGGAGGAACCUCUGCCUGCUUGUGUGUCAGGAAGCCCCUCACCAGCCGACCCACCGAACCACACAGAGAUGGUCUACCCACCGGAACCGGUCAAUCCCAAGCCUGAUCCUACCAGCCCGCCGGCCCAGCCCGAUCCUGCCUGCCCGCCGGCCCAGCCCCCGCCAGCCUGCUCGUCCGUCCAGCCCCAGCCAGAAAUUUCCAUGUGCUUCGAGCACUUGGAAGACUUCUACGACCUGCUGGAUAAGAUGUCUCCAAUCAUACACACCUUGGGGAACACGAGGAGGCAGCUGGUGGCAGUCAACGUCAUUCGGGGCGUCCUGCUAAGAAGGCCAUGGCUCCUCCAGUUUGGACUGACGCCUACGAAACAGAGAAUGGACCAGUUGGAGGAGUCCCUGCAGGCCCUCCUGGUUGCGGAGGAAAGUACGGCCUUGGCUGUUGAUCCGCCUGACCUGGCGCCCAUCACACCGCUUGAUGUCCCCGAACCGGAUGUCGCUGUGCCAGGUCUUGAACCGGAUGCCGCAGUACCAGCCCUCGAGCUGGAGCUCGGCACUGCAACACAGACCCCCGAGCUGGAGCCCACUGCCGUCGCUGCCACUGUGAAGCAAGCCCCCGAGCCUGCCGCCGCCGCUGUGAAGCAAGCCCCCGAGCCCGCCGCCGCUGUGAAGCAAGCCCCCGAGCCUGACCCAAUGCCAAUAGAUGGCCUGCCCGCUUCUGAAGAGACACCCAACUCCGAUGGCCCACCUAUGCCCAAGGGGUCACCGGACCUCCCUGUUCCAGUUGGCCCGCCAACUCCCGAGGGGCCACCUGUUCCUGAGUUCUUGCCUCCCUCUCGAAACCUACCAGAGCUGUCUCAAGCCCAGCCCCAGCUGUCUCAAGCCCAGCCCCAGCUGUCUCAAGCCCUGCCCGAGCAGUUUCAAGCCCCGUCCGCUGGUGUGCCUGUUGCUGCCACCCUCAACGUGCAUGGAGCCGCCACCCUCUGCUCGCCUGUGGACAUUCUGCCCUUCCAUGGCGCCGCCCCUGCAUCUGCUGGCACCACGCCUGUUCCUGUCGGCGCCUCCCCAGCUCCGGCUCCUGUCUGCGCCACCCCAGCUCCAGCUCCUGUCUGCGCCACCCCAGCUCCGGCUCCUGUCUGCGCCACCCCAGCUCCAGCUCCUGUCUGCGCCACCCCAGCUCCGGCUCCUGUCUGCGCCACCCCAGCUCCAGCUCCUGUCUGCGCCACCCCAGCUCCGGCUCCUGUCUGCGCCACCCCAGCUCCGGUUCCUGUCUGCGCCACCCCAGCUCCGGCUCCUGUCUGCGCCACCCCAGCUCCAGUUCCUGUCUGUGCCACCCCAGCUCCAGUUCCUGUCUGCGCCACCCCAGGUCCAGUUCCUGUCGGCGCCGCCUCCUCCCCAGCUCCUGUCGGCUCCUCCUCUUCUGUUUCCGUCGGCGCCACCCCAGCUCCAGCUCCUGUUGGCCCCUCCCCAACUCCAGCUCCUGCCAGCGCCACUCCAGCUUCUGUCGGCGCCUCCUCUGGAGCUCCUGUCGGCGCCUCCUCUUCUGUUUCCGGCGGCGCCUCCUCUUCUGUUUCCGUCGGCGCCUCCUCUUCUGUUCCUGUCGGCGCCUCCUCUUCUGUUUCUGUCGGCGCCUCCUCUUCUGUUCCUGUCGGCGCCUCCUCUGCUCCUGUCAGCGCCUGCCCUGCUCCGGGUCCCGCCACCCAGUGUGUUCCAGCUCCUGCCUCCUGGUCUUCGUCUGUGUUCCAGUCUGCACCGCCCCCUGUGUUCCAGUCUGCACCGCCCCCUGUGGCCCAGUCUGCCCCCUCCACUCACCAUAACUCAGUGUUUUCGCAACCCCUCCUUAUUCCUGUGCCAGUCACCAUUCCAGUUACCGUGCCCAUCACCAUCCCAGUAUCUGUCCCCAUCUGUGUCCAGGUCCCCACUCCUGUAUCUGUUCCUGUUUGUGUUCCAGUCCAUUCGGCCCGUUUCUCCUCACCAGUUGUCGUCAACGUCACUGUGACCGUGCCCAUCCCUGUCAUCAUCUCUGUUCCUAUUCCUGUCACUGUCCAGGUCACCGUGCCCCUCAAGGUCCCUGUGUUUGUUCCUGUUAAUGUUGCCCAGUCUACUAUGCCUGCCCCUGAACCUUUGUCUGACUCCGCCUGCCCCGUGUCUGACUCCGCCUGCCCCGUGUCUGACUCCGCCUGCCCCGUGUCUGACUCCGCCUGCCCCGUGUCUGACUCUGCCUGCCCCGUGUCCGACUCCGCCGGCCACGCCAACUCCACCUACCCUUCCUCCAGGGCUUCUGUACCUGUCCCUUGUCCCGUGCUCUGUGCCCAGCCUUGCCGGUUCCUCCCCUCCAGACUGCCCCCUCCCAAACGCUCUGUGCUUCCUGAGAACUUUGUGGGACGUCUGGAAGCCGUCCCUUAA